AUGCGUUCCACGCAGGAUAAAGAUAUCUCGAUAAUUUUGACAAGUUUUCUAAUGAAAAUCGUAGGUCUCUGGCUGGCGGAUAAUCGAAAUCAGCAGCGUUAUAGAAACUUUGCCUUGAUCUACACAGCCGGUACGCUUUGCAUCACUGUGUGCAUCGGUUGUAGAGAUAUUUAUUACACUUGGGGGAAUUUCGCUGACUGCAUUUUCAUCUCAUGCAACAAUCUGUACGUGAUGAUCGUCGUUUUAAAAGUUAGUGUUUUAUUCGCGCACAAAACCGAGUUCUUUAAGUUGAUUACAUUCACCCAGGAGAACUUCUGGCGUCCAAGCUACGACCCCCAUGAGCAACUAAUCCUAUCAAAUUGCAAGAGAUUUUGCACCAUCAUCAUAGUCUUUAUCAACAUCUGUGUUCAGGGUACUUGCGCUGGCUACAUGGUCACUCCUAUUAUGGUAAACAAGGAGAGGAACGAAACUGACAGGCAAUUGCCUUUCAAUCUAUGGCUAGAUUUCCCUGUAUCAUUGUCACCUUAUUUUGAAAUACUUUUUGCUCUAGAGAUAAUUUGCGUGUACCAUAUCGGUGUGUGUUACAUUUGUUUCGACAACCUGUUGUGCAUCUUGAAUCUCCACGUGUCCAGUCAGUUUCGUAUAUUGCAAUACAGACUAAGGUAUUUGGAUCGUGCGAUCGAGGAUCAAAUAGGCGAUGAAGAAUCGGAUACAAAAUUAUCGCGUUACGAGAACGAGUAUAGUAUGAAAUUGAAAAGCUGCGUGAGACACCACCAAACGCUUAUGGAUUAUUGCAAAAAUCUGGAGGAUAUAUUCACUAUAAUAAUUCUUGGCCAAGUACUGUUUCUUGCCAUAAUAAUAUGUCUCGUGGGAUUUCAACUGUUUGUGAUCAACGCACAUCCCUCAAGGAAAGUCAGUCUGAUAUGCAACUUUGUUGCCACUUUAUGUCAACUUGUAAUGUUCACCUAUAGCUGCGAUGAUCUGAUGCGCCAGAGUGCCAGUAUCAGUAGUAUAAUAUUCUCAGGGCCAUGGACAAACUUGCCGAUGAAUAAAAUUGGCUCUCACAUGCGGAGAAAUUUAAUAUUUAUCAUCAUGAGAUCGAAUAGAUUUUGCUACUUAACAGCUGCUGGAUUUUUCCCUGUUUCCCUCGAAACUUCCACUGCGGUUCUCAAAACAGCAAUGUCGUAUUUUACUCUGCUAAAACAAUCGUCUGUAAAAAUAGAAAAUGCAUAA